AUGGAAGAAGAAGUUGAAAGUAUUAAAGUUUUAAGAUUACAUUCUGGGAACCCAAUUAUAAUUCCUGCUCCUGAGCCUGCUCCUACUCCGCCUACUCUGACUGAGGAAGAAAGAGAUAUCAUAGAUAGAUUAGAAAGGAUUUUUGGAAUUAGAAUUACUGAAAAUGAACGACUAGCAAUGAGUGAUGAAGAAAAGCAAGAGAUAAUUAAAGAAUAUUGUCCUAAAAACGGAACUUGUGUUAUAAAGGAAACAGAAAAUAUAAGUGAACAAGGAUUAGAAGGAACCUUAGACCUUUCUGAUUUUAAGAAUUUAGAGGAAUUAAGAUGCUAUAAUAAUUGCCUUACUACUCUUAAUCUUAGUAAUUUAGAACAGUUAGAGAUACUUUGGUGUUCUGAUAAUUACCUUACUCAGAUACCUUAUAUUCCUAAUCCAGAAAAAAUAACUCACUUAUGUAUAAGCAAUAACAAUAUAAAUCCCUCUGACCUAACUAUUUUUAAACCUUUAAAGGAUUUGAAUAAGUUAGAAGACUUAGAUAUCUCCAAUACUGAUAUCGAUAGCGGUUGGGAAUAUUUACCUGAUAGUUUAGAAACCUUUUAUUAUAAAACAGACCUAAGACCUAACUAUCUUGGUCUAAAACCUGAUGAAUACAACUUUGCCAACUACCUAAAAAAUGAAAGAAAUCUUACUCCCCAACAAGCCAAAGAAUAUAAUUUAUCAGAACUAAAAAAGGAUUAUGACAACUUCCUUGCUUCUAAGCAAAGCGAAGAAAAAAUUAACCAAUUUAUUCAAGAAGCCCAGGUAGAAAAAAUACCUUACGAACAAUUUUCUUAUAUUACUUAUUUAGCCGAAGGGGGCUUUGUGGUUCUCAAAAACUUAAAUAAUUCCUCAAAUAUCACCCCUGAAUUCUUACACGAAAUUGCUAGUCAUAAACUGUUUGAUGGAAUUACGGUAUAUGAUGAAACUAAAAUUAUCAAAUGUCAUGGUAUUUCCCAAGACCCUGAAACUAAGAAUUAUGUCAUGGUCAUGGACUAUGUUCGGGGUGGUAAUUUAAGAGAUUAUUUACAAAAGAAUAAUAAAAAGUUAGAUUUGAAAAAGAAGCUUAUUCAAUUACAAUCUAUUGCUGAGGGAUUGGAAGAUAUUCACGACAAAGGCUUGGUUCACAAAGACUUCCAUUUAGGCAAUAUUUUGAAGUUAAUACAACAAGGUGAUAGUGGAAUUUUAGGCUUAACUAUUCCAAGAGAACCAACUCCUCCAAUAGGAAAUAAAGAAGAAGAAUUACAAAAACGGUUAGAGAAAGCUCAACAAAAAGUUAAAAAGUGGGAAAAUAAAGCGAGACAACUACAAACUCAAUUAGAGGAACUCCAAGCCCAAAUCCAAAUUCCUCCUAAAAAUAACUAA